AUGCCAAAGGAAAAGAAUCAUCUUAACCUCGUCGUUAUCGGUCACGUCGACUCUGGAAAAUCAACCUCAACUGGUCACUUGAUCUACAAGUGCGGUGGUAUCGAUAAGAGAACCAUCGAAAAGUUCGAGAAGGAAGCCGCCGAAAUGGGAAAAGGUUCUUUCAAAUACGCCUGGGUUCUUGAUAAGCUCAAGGCCGAAAGAGAAAGAGGUAUCACCAUUGAUAUCGCUCUCUGGAAAUUCGAGACCGCCAAGUCAGUCUUCACCAUCAUCGAUGCCCCAGGUCACAGAGAUUUCAUCAAGAACAUGAUCACUGGUACCUCCCAAGCUGAUGCUGCCAUUCUCAUCAUUGCCUCAGGUCAAGGAGAGUUCGAAGCCGGUAUCUCCAAGGAAGGACAAACCAGAGAGCACGCUCUCCUCGCCUUCACCAUGGGAGUCAAGCAAAUGAUCGUUGCCGUCAACAAGAUGGACGAUAAAUCAGUCAACUGGGAUCAAGGAAGAUUCAAUGAAAUCAAGAAGGAGCUUUCCGACUAUCUCAAGAAGAUUGGUUACAACCCAGACAAGAUUCCAUUCAUCCCCAUCUCAGGAUGGCACGGUGAUAACAUGUUGGAGAAAUCACCCAACAUGCCAUGGUUCACUGGAUCAACCCUCAUUGACGCCCUCGACGCUCUCGAUCAACCAAAGAGACCCAAGGAUAAGCCACUCAGACUCCCACUCCAAGACGUCUACAAGAUCGGUGGUAUCGGAACUGUCCCAGUCGGAAGAGUCGAAACUGGACUCCUCAAGCCAGGUAUGGUCCUCACCUUCGCUCCCAUGAACAUCACCACUGAGUGCAAAUCAGUCGAGAUGCAUCACGAGUCCCUCACUGAGGCCGAGCCCGGUGAUAAUGUUGGUUUCAACGUUAAGAACCUCUCAGUUAAGGAUCUCAGAAGAGGUUAUGUCGCUUCAGACUCAAAGAACGACCCAGCCAAGGAUACCACCAACUUCCUCGCUCAAGUUAUCGUUCUUAACCAUCCAGGUCAAAUCCAAAAGGGUUACGCUCCAGUCCUCGAUUGCCACACUGCCCAUAUUGCCUGCAAAUUCGACGAAAUCGAAUCAAAGGUCGACAGAAGAUCCGGAAAGGUCCUCGAAGAAGAGCCAAAGUUCAUCAAGUCUGGUGAGGCUGCCCUCGUCAGAAUGGUCCCACAAAAACCAAUGUGCGUUGAGGCCUUCAAUCAAUAUCCACCACUCGGAAGAUUCGCCGUUAGAGACAUGAAGCAAACCGUUGCCGUCGGAGUCAUCAAGGAAGUCGUCAAGAAGGAACAAAAGGGUAUGGUCACCAAAGCCGCUCAAAAGAAGAAGUGA